AUGGAUGAGUUUUUUAUUGAAUGUGUCCGACAAUAUCUUUGGGACACAAAACUGAUUUCAUAUAAACAAUUAGACGCAAAGUUAAAAUGGAAAAAUUUGCGAGACACGCACCGUGAAAAAUUAAAAAAAAUCAAGAAGACAACAAGUGGACAGUCACAAAAACAAAUAAAACCCUGGAAGUACAUGAGUCACAUGGAAUUUUUGCUUCCAUAUAUGACAAAUGCGGAACGAGAUACAAAUGUUACACCACAUCCUGAUAUUUCGACAAGUUUCGAGGAAACAUCUAAUACAGAUGUUAGUAGAGAUUCAGCAGAUACGAUAACAGCUCCAAAAAAAAGGAAGACGGAUGAAAUAAUUCAUAAUGACGAAGAUUUGUUAAAUUUUUUAAAAGAUAUGGAUGAUAAUCGAGCAAAACGAACUGCGCAGAGGGAUGAGUUACGUAAAGAAGUACUAACCUUCCUUCCUUCCUAUCCUUUAAAAGCUUUUUUUGAUUCAAUGUAUCAUAGUACAAAGCAGAUGCCGGAGUAUUAA